AUGCACACGGAGUUCCCAACCACUUGCAAGCACGUGCUCAAGUCUGUCAGCAGCCAGACACAUACUUGGCCUGGGCUUCACCGGAUCGUGCCAUUAAUCUAUGGCAUCAAGCGCCAACUUCACGCCAGUCAAGAAUCCCAGCUCGACAGCCCUUUGGAAGCUCUACCUGCAGAGGUUUUGCAGGAGAUCUUCGACUAUGCUGCUAACGUCGACCUUGCCGUGGUUUCUCGACAGAUGGCAUCAAAGUUGUCCAAGAGUCGACACUUACAAAUCGAGUUGACCUCUCGUCUUCUUGUGCCUGUGCUUAACAGGAAUGGUACCGCGAGUAGUGCAGAUCUUGCUGCAGCGACUCGACUUCUCAAUAGUCGUUUCAUGACGUGGGACUUCUUCAAGAACUGGUUGAAGACCUAUAGCACCAAUUUGUCGCCAAUAUCUCUGACAGACAGUGAUUCAUACUGGCAGAGAGUCUGGGCUGCACUAUACCCAGAGCCAGAGCUUCUACCGCCAAAGAAACUCUUCUUGCGACCAUUCACGGAACCAAAGUUGGCCUUCUUGAGAACUGUCGCCCAGAAUAUCACUGAUCUGCAUGCGCUGGAUGCUGCCUAUGGUGAACAUGCACAAGAAGGUCUGACCCAAGCUGUCACUGACGGCAACGCUCAAUUCGUGUCUUUCUUACUCGGCAUGGGCGGGUAG